UUCUAAUUAUCACCUAUGGGCUAUGGGCCCACCACUCUGAUUUGUUGCUUUUAAUUUCUUAGAAACUUAUACAUACUUUAUUGUAAGAUUUGAUUUGUGAUAAUAUUGAUAACCGAUAAGGUUUGGAGGAUGUGAGUAAGUGAAAAAUCUGGAAAUCAAGAGCGUAAAUGGCAUCCGUAUUUCCUUGUACUCUCCAACCAAAAUUCUCCCUGAAUAAGUCAUGUUCUACUUCAGUUGCGAUUACUCGGCGUGAGUUCGUGGGUGGUUCUGCGAGAAGCAUUGGAUGGUGCAGCAGAAGCAGCAGCAGAUUGGGUCCCAGCUGUGGUUCCAGAAGCAUUUGCUGGUUUAGGUUCGGCAAGAAUGGCGUUGACGCCGAAGGCGCUGGCAUCUACGGCAGCCAGGCUCGCGACGAUUUCGACCGCGACGACGUCGAACAGUACUUCAAUUACAUGGGGAUGCUGGCCGUGGAGGGCUCUUACGAUAAGAUGGAGGCUCUUCUGCAGCAGAACAUCCACCCCGUCGACAUCUUGCUGCUCAUGGCCGCCUCCGAAGCCGACAUCCCCAAAAUCGAGGAGCUCAUGAGAGCCGGAGCUGACUACACCGUCAAGGAUGCUGAUGGCCGCACCGCUUUGGAUAGGGCCGCCUCCGACGACGUCAGGGAUUUCAUUCUUGGUUUUUCUGUUCAGAAAGCUUAAUAUGUUGCUUCAUAUUAUUCUAUCAACAAUGCAUUUAUGAUACCUAGCCUCUUCUUGUUCCUUGUUAACAUUGAGCUGUACUGUAUUACUGCCUCUUCUUGAUGAACUGAAAAUUGAGUGCUGUGGGUCAA